AUGUCGGGCUCUUCAAAGGAUGAGGGUGCCGGCGUUGCGCCACAGAACAAGGCCUCGUGGGGCUCAUUCCUCAAGGCCCUAGCCUCCUACAAUGGUGAUAUCGCCUCUCUCACCGCUCCACCUUUCAUUCUAGGCACCACUUCUUUGACAGAAUUCUCCGCCUACUGGACUGAGCACCCAUCAAUAUUCGUCGCCCCCGCCACCGAGCAAGACCCCGAGAAGCGAGCGUUGCUGGUGUUGAAGUGGUUUCUAACGACACUGAAACAAUCAUAUAGCAGUCGCAGUGACAAGUAUGGGACCGAGAAGAAGCCUCUGAACCCAUUCUUGGGCGAACUAUUCUUGGGCAAAUGGGAUGAUGAGGCGGGCACAACACAUUUACUACAAGGCUACAAUGGCCAGAAAGUUUCGUUCUCGCGCACCAUCAUAAUUAAGCAAAUCGGUCACGCCCUCCUUACUCUCUCCGCCUUCAACGAGACAUACCUCUUCACCCUUCCCUCCCUCCACAUUGAAGGCUUGAUAUACGGCAAACCCUUCGUCGAGCUUGACGGCUGUAGCUACAUCACCUCGUCGACAGGCUACAUUGCUAAAAUAGAUUACAGCGGAAAAGGGUGGCUUUCAGGCAAAAAGAACACCUUUACUGCAACCCUGGCGAAACAAGGGCAUGAGAAGGACGUCCUCUACACGGUUGAUGGCCAAUGGACUGAUAGCUUCAGCAUCAAGUCCGGCGGUGGAGGAGGCUCACAUCUCAAGAAAAUGGCGGGUGGUAGCCAGACCCUGGAAACAUACAACGCAAAGGCCUCGAAGACAACAUCCCUCAGCGUUCCCCCAAUAGAUACACAAGAUCCUUACGAAUCACACAAGGCGUGGCGAAGUAUCAAAGCUGCGAUCGAGAAGGGCGAUAUGGACACCGUGCACGUUGAGAAGAGCGCCUUAGAAAAUGCACAAAGAGAGUUGAGGAAGAAGGAGCAAGCCGAGGGGCGAUCCUACACCCGACGAUUUUUCAACAAAUCCGACAAGUCUGAUAUAUUUGAUAGUCUUGCUAAGCCGAUAUAUGCGAGCAUAGAAGCCGAUAGGACGGGUGGUGUAUGGAGAUUUGAUGAGAGCAAGAAAGCGGACAGACAGAAUGUAGCGGAUGGUGUAAAAGGGGCGGACAUGGGCGUCGUCAAUGAUACAGAACCUCCGAGUGAAGCGCCUACGAAAGCUGAACUGAAAUGA